AUGAAGAUCCUAAUACCGAUUUUGUGUUUCAUAUCAGCUGUGGAUCUACAAGAUGCGCCAGACGGAGAGUGCUGUGGGGAGCAAGAGGUGGAUGUAUCUCAACAUCUAGAGCUGGAAGCAGUUUGCCCAGAACUUAGUGGGCAGAUUAUUGGAGGACGGUCCAGCUCUAUAGUUAGACAUCCUUAUCAGGUGUCAAUGAUACUGAAUGGAAAUUCUUUCUGCGGUGGCUUUAUCAUUAGCCCGAAUUACGUGUUAACCGCGGCCCACUGCGUUCAGAACGUAUUACCGUCUGCCAUCCGUCUACGAGUUGGCAGUACAAGACGUGACUCAGGCGGUAGAAUUGUCCCCGUGGCCAAUGUUACAGUCCAUCCUCAAUACGGGACGCCACAAUUUGACCACGAUAUAGCUGCGUUACAACUGGCCCGGCCAUUGACGUUCAGUAAUGCCGUCCAGGCUAUACGGCUCCCUCAACCGAGACAGGCAGUACCCCUGGUUAGGCUGACUGUCACUGGAUGGGGAUUGACUGCUCCUCGUGGACGGCGCAUCCCGCGUAUAAUGAUGGAAGCGAAUGUACCAGUUGUACCACACUGGCUUUGCCGGUUAUCGUAUGGUGAUGCACUCACUAACAACAUGUUUUGCGGAGGACAUUUCCUCAUAGGGUGACUCAGGUGGUCCUGCAGUAUUCAGAGGAAUUGCGUUUGGCGUAGUAUCAUUUGCA